AUCUUUUUAACUGUCAUAAAAGUGAAAAAAGAAGUUGACAACUGCCAAGUCAACUCUUCAUUCCCUUUUUAUCAAUAUUGCAUGCUGACUUUAGACUUAGUGAGCAGCCUGGACCGUGAUGCAUAUAUCAAAGUAAUUUGCACAAGAGACCAAAACCAAAGCUCUGUUCUUUACAUGCACUGGCACAGUGUAUUCUUACAUGUUGUAUUAACGUUGCCAUAUUGCACUGAGCAGCCAGGACAGAUCCAUUUACAGCUUCUGUUGCCGCAAUUCUGUAGUUAUAUCUUUUUUCCCUCAUUUGUGCCAUUCACAAAAAAGUGAAAUAAAGCAGAACCACGAGUUAAGGUUAUGUUAAGGUUCCACUGUAGUUCUAAGCGUCAUCCGCUUGGGUUCCAAGAUCAGCAAGGGAUUCCGAAACGACUUUGAUUUCCGUGCAGCUUGUGGUAACCAUCAUUGUCCCACCCCCCCACAGAAGUGUUUGUCACCGUAGGUAAGAGGUAGGGCUUCAUCAACAUGCUAUGUCACUCACAUACACAUACACAUACAUGUACACACACACAGUGUCACCACUUUACACCCACAGUUAAUUCCAACUCAUGUUUCACUCUUGGUAUACCUGACGUUUUCUGCUUCUCCCCCCUUCUUCCACUGCGCCCUCUAGGAUCCCAUUUCACCCGGCAACAGCAGCAGCAUAGCCAUGCUACGUCUUGCCGCCACUUCCAGCUAGGCCCCCAGGCCACGCUGCCCAUGGACUUCCCCAUGUCCCAACCGCAGUCGGGCAUCAACCCCCACCUGGCCCCGUCCGGCCACCAGCACGGACCCCCACUACACCACCCGCCCCUCAACUCUAUGCCCGCCCCCCAGUUCCAGGACAUCCCUGCCCCUCCCUUCCUACCUCAGGCAUUACACCAGCAAUACCUCCUUCAGCAGCAGAUCCUUGAGGCUCAGCACCGACACAUCUUGCCGCCUAACAGUAGACGCACCCAGGAGAGAGUUCCUCACCAGCCCCAUAGACUGCGUCCAGGCUACGAGUUUGGCCCGCCUCUGCACGUCCCUCCCCAGCCAGUGGUGCAGCAGCCACGCUACCUGGCUGAGGGCACUGACUGGGAUUUAAGUGUGGACGCAGGACUUCCCCCACACCAGUACCACAUCCACCCACUGCCGCAGCACUAUCAGCACUAUCUGACCUCUCCCAGAAUGCACCACUUCCCCAGGAACAACACCUCAACACAAGUGGUCGUACACGAGAUCCGAAACUAUCCGUAUCCUCAGUUGCACUUGCUGGCGCUGCAGAGCCUCAACCCCUCUCGUCAUGCAUCAGCUGUAAGGGAGAGCUACGAGGAGCUUUUGCAGCUGGAGGACCGACUGGGCAGCGUAAACCGUGGAGCGGUCCAAACCACCAUCGAGAGAUUCACUUUCCCCCACAAGUACAAGAAGAGAAUCCCCCAGGACCUGAAGAUGUGUCUGGAUGACGAAGAGCUAGACACGGAUGAAAAGUGCACCAUUUGUUUGUCCAUGUUGGAGGACGGCGAGGAUGUCAGGAGAUUACCCUGCAUGCACCUCUUCCACCAAGCGUGUGUGGACCAAUGGCUGGCCACCAGCAGGAAGUGCCCCAUAUGCAGGGUGGACAUUGAAACCCAGCUCAACCCUGACAGUUGACACCUACAGCCUCACAUCCCACAAUCCUCUGCUUUCUCCGCCUUGUGGCGGGGUGGGGGCAUGGUAGGAUCAACCAAGCACACACACACACACAAACACACACAUAUAGGCAGGGAUGGGGUUGACACAUUUUAAGACUGGCUUGACUACGUGGAUGUAUAAGAAAGGCAAACGUCAACAUGGAUGCUGCACACGUGUACAGAACAUGACACAAAACCAUUAGCAUGAGGUUGUUUGGUGUGUGUCCUGAUCCAGUAUUUACCAGAGUAACAGUGUUGUGUAGCAACAGAGAGGCCAUGUUUGUGGGUGGCUAGAGCGCUGGUCUGAACCUUUCAAAGCCCACUUUUGUGUAAAAAAGGCCAGAAACCAUGAAAAAAAAACCAACCCCUCUCUCUCUCUGUGUUGUGAUUUUAUUUUGGAUGUAGGCGCCAUCAUUGCUAACGCGGCUAACUGCAGGCAUGGCUUCCAGUGAUGUGUGUUGUGGGGCCCCUCGCUAGAUUAGACGACCCCCCCCAUCCCCAUAAAUGGUGUGCAUGUGUGUGUGUGCACCAGGCUUUUUGGACUGUGUCGUCAUUGUGGAGCAAGUAGAAGCAGGGGACCCGUGUAGUGUGCAUGCCACCCACUCAUCCGCAGGAGGGGAGUGGCGGGUGGGCGAGCAAAACCACAGCCCCGCCCCCUUUACACACGCCAAAGUUGCCCUUAGACACUGACCUCUGACCUGAGCCUUGUCUAACAGCAACGCCGCCAUCUUGCCUCACUCGAGUGACAUUUCUCAGAACCUUUAUUGCCUAACAAACGAGCACAUUUAUUAGUGUCAUUAUUCUACACUGGUUCCUCGUUCCCACUACUGUACACGGGGGGAAAGGAAACCGAAACUAGUUUGCCUGCCUGUGUUUGAAUGUGUGCGUUAGUCCCGCCCUCCUCCUGUCCUUCCUUGUGUGUGUGGUGUCGUGCAGGAGGGCGAAAGGGAUAAGAAGCCAUCCAUUUAACAACAACAACAACAACAAACAACCAAACAAUUGUUCUUAACGUUGUCUUUUCAUAUGUUUGUAUGCCAUUUUUUAUUUUAUUUUUAAAUUCACAUGCCAAUUGUUUUGGACGUGGUACUAAUAAUACACACAGUCACAGUGAAGAUAAAGAGCUGCAACGCUGCAAAAAAAGCAUAUUUAUAUAUUUGUCAUGUAGUUUGUGUUAAUGUAAAUGCACUAUAAAAUGAAAUUGCCUGUUUUUUUUUGUUUUUUUUCCCCUUUUUUUUGUUUAUUUGGUUUGGUGGUGUGUGUGUGUGUGUGUGUGUGUGCGUGGCUUCUUCUUGUCUUAAGGUUUCGUUGUUUUUGUUUGAUUCCAAGUAUUUUCAUGCUUCCUGGUGUGUUGUUUACCAAGGAGUGUUGGAGCCACACUGAAAAGAAGGGAGUAAUAAAGUGGCAAUAUGACGUGGGCUCGGGGAUGGAAAGGGUUCUGCAAGGACACAGUCAUAAUAGUUUUGAAAAUGUUAUAUUCAGACUUGAGUAAAAGUCGACAUAUUAUGAGAAGAAACACAAUUUUAUGAGAAAAGGAAAACACUGAAUUUUAGGACUAUGAAGUCGGACUUUUGUGAAAAAUGUGUAAAGUUGUGAUAUUACAAGAAAAAACUCUGUUUUAAUAUUAUAAGGAAAUAAUUUUGGGGAUUUUUUUUUUGGUUGUUUUCGAAAUAUUACAGCUUUGUCUCGUAAGAUCUUUUUCUUUUAAAUUAUGAAUUCAUCGUCAUUAUUAUUGUAAAAAAUAAUAAAUUCUGUUCCCUUUCGUAUAUAACAACUUUUCCCCAAAUCAAGAUUGAAAUUUUCAUACAAUGAUGGUAAUAUCACGUUUUUUCUUGUAAAAUUAGAGCUUUAUUCUAGUCAUAUUCAAAUGUAUUUUCUUGGCUAAAGUAUGACUUCAUCUUUUAAAAAUUCUUCAAAAUAUUGGUACCACUUUAGUAUGGGGAACAUAUUCUAAGUAACAAAGACUUAAUUUAGAGUUAUUCGGUUAGGGUUAGUUGUAUAAUAAGGCCAUGCAGGAUAAGGCAUUAAUAAGUACUUAAUAAUGACUAAUUAAGUGAAGUGAAUUAUAUUUAUAUAGCGCUUUUCUCUAUUGACUCAAAGUGGCCUAGUGGUUAGAUCGGUAGGUUGUGAGUUCAAACCCCGGCCGAGUCAUACCAAAGACUAUAAAAAUGGGACCCAUUACCUCCCUGCUUGGCACUCAGCAUCAAGGGUUGGAAUUGGGGGUUAAAUCACCAAAAAUUAUUCCCGGGCGCGGCACCGCUGCUGCCCACUGCUCCCCUCACCUCCCAAGGGGUGAACAAGGGGAUGGGUCAAAUGCAGAGGACAAAUUUCACCACACCUAGUGUGUGUGUGUGAGACAAUCAUUGGUACUUUAACUUUAAGUGCUUUACAUAGUGAAACCCAAUAUCUAAGUUACAUUUAAACCAGUGUGGGUGGCACUGUGAGCAGGUGGGUGAAGUGUCUUGCCCAAGGACACAACGGCAGUGACUAGGAUGGCGGAAGCAGGGAUCGAACCUGGAACCCUCAAGUUGCUGGCACGGCCUCUCUACCAACCAAGCUAUACCGCCCCAAGAGAGCCAAUAUGUUACUAAAUUGCAUGUUAAUAAGCAACUAAUAAUGUUCCCCAUACUAAACUGUUACCAAAAUAUUGUUUUCAAUUGUAACAUUCUGUGCAAAAUUUAAUUGAAAUAUUUGAACUCUAUUCUCAUAAAAUUAGAAGUUUUUCCUGGUAAAAAUGUCGACUUCAAUAUAUUGUCGUAACAUUUUUGAUUAAAUAAUUGAGUUUUUGUUUUUUUCAGUGUGCGUCAGACAUUCCUUGGUGUUUAUCGGGUGGUAACUUGACUGUGUUGCGUUAUAUUCUUUUCCCUCUCAUGUGAGAUCUACAUCCAAAAACGAAAGAAGAAAAAAAAAAAGAAAAAAAAGUGGUGAAAUAAUGGAGGUUCUGCUCGUUCACAUAGAAUGCUGUGAUUUUAAAGAUGCCUUAAGUAUUUAACAAUCAUUAUUUAUUACUAACUGUAGCUAGCUAGCUAUUGUGGUGAAAUAUUUUAACGUCUAUCUCAUAACUUUGCAAUUUAAUCGAUAUAUUUAUUUAAAAUAAGAUAAAAUAUUACAAAAAAAAAACAAUACCUCAUUAUGCAUUGGUCGGUGGGGAUGCUUUUUUGCAUGCCGUUUGUCCGUGUGUGUGUGUGCGCGCGCGAGUUUUUCUUCUGCAAAGAAGAAACGAGCGGACUGGGAGGGUUGGGUUAGUGUCUCCCAGUCCUCUUUAAAGCCAGCAUGGUGCUGUUGAUGGAGAUCACAUUCCCUUUAGUUUCACUUGUUUUGAUCGGAGGCUGUCUUUGUCUUAGUAACCGCUCCACGAUUAGCUGGCGUGUUUGUUUUUGCCAUACGAUGCUGCUUUCGCCUCCCAUAAUCAAUCAUUUCCCUCAUCUCUUGGAUCUGCGCUUAUUCUUCCUUUAGAGGCCACAUUGAUGUUGAGCUGUGUUGCCAAUGGCUAUUUGCUUAGUGAUCGUGGGAGGGGAGAAGGGGGGGGGGGGGUGUACCUUACUUACUUAACAUUGCUAACUUGAGCCAUUGAUCUUAUUGAGCAAACUGUGGUGAUACCAAUAUAAAUGAACGUGUGGAUAUAAUAAGCUAACUUUUGCGUGUGCUUCUCCUCAAUACUAUUCCUGCAAACGGUUAUUUUAAAACAAGGGAAAAUUGGAAUCGACUGAAGCUGGCUUUACUAUUUAUUAUUAUUAUUGUUUUUUAAAAUUUUUAUUAUGUUUGUGCUCUCACUGGCCUUAUACCCCCCUUUGCGCCCGCCACAGUGUACCCUGUUUGCUCCAGAGCCAACUGGACUGUAGCCAUAGUAUUAACUCAAGCUGAUGAACCGGAAUGAACAGUAGACACUUUUAAAGCACAAGCUUUUUAAAAUGCAUGUCCUUCUCAGGUUUUCCUAUGUGUAUGUGGGAGUAGCUUUGUUAGAUGUGUUUAAUAUGAUGCUGUACCUUUCUUGAAUAUUUCUUUCUUUGCUGCUGAGAAUACAUAAAAAAAAAAAAAAAAAAACUCCGGAAAAAAACAAAAAACAACGUUAUUAACCUGCCAGUGAAAAAGGGAAGUGGCCAUCUUUGUACAACAACACUGCUGUUUUGCUGUAACCGCGCAAUGUUUUAUGAUCUUGAGUAUUUUAUAGAAAAGUAGAAGUAUGUAUCAAUAAUAUGAAAGCAAUAGCGGAAUCAUAAUGAAGAAUAACAUGAUCAGUGAAUAUUGUGGAGAAAAAAAAAACAAACACCUUUGGAUUCACUCUGGGUGGAUUUUGUACUGUAUUUAUUACUAAUGACAAUGCAAAAAGUUGCAUAGCUUAACCCAAACUGUUCUGUCUCUUUUUUAUUUAUUGUCUUGUAUAUGAUCUUUUUGUAUGUGUUUUUCAAAUAAAAUGCCUAAAAUGCUGACAACAAAUGCAGUUUGUGUGGCUGUUUGUUUGUUUUGGCUUUUUGAUGCGUCCAUGUACUUAGGUGCACUUUUGCCAACAAACUUGAGGUAAUUUGACUUAUCAAAAUAUACACAACACAACCUAAUUAA